AUGGCGAAUGGCGCCAUAUUCCUCAGAUUGCAUACGAUGUCAGAAUUGUCUUUCAUCCACCCAAUAUUAUUUGUUCUUUCGUUCGAUUGUUUCUUUCGGUUUACGACAGUAUUCACUUCUUUCUUUCUUUCUUUCUUUCUUUCUUUAUUUUCUUUUUUCUAUCAAAUAGUCGAUUCUUUCACUUUCUUUCAACUAAAUAUUGAAUCUGCCUCAAAUCUCGCUCUAAAUCUAUCUAUCUAUCUAUCUAUCUAUCUAUCUAUCUAUCUAUCUAUCUAUCUAUCUAUCUAUCUGAGCCUAUUCCAUAUCUAUCUAUCUAUCUAUCUAUCUAUCUAUCUAUCUAUCUAUUUCAGUAUGUUCAAACUUACCUCUCUCUCUCUCACUAUCUAUCUAUCUGUUCAUAUUCCUUUCCUUAUCUAUUUAUUUCAGUCUGUUCAAACUUUUCUAUCUAUCUAUCUAUCUAUCUAUCUAUCUAUCUAUCUAUCUAUCUAUCUAUCUAUCUAUGUCUACAUUUCUGAGAUGAGUCAUUUUUUUGAUUACUCAACCAACGCUUUUAUCCAUCUGUCUUGGUAUAUACAUUAUCUAUCUAUCUAUCUAUCUAUCUAUCUAUCUAUCUUGUCUGAAAAUUAUCUAUCUAUCUAUCUAUCUAUCUAUCUAUCUAUCUAUCUAUCUAUCUAUCUAUCUAUCUAUCUCAAUGUUUUACAGACUGUUUUUAAUAUCUAA